AGAGGGCUGAGAUCGGCCUGCGGAGGUGAUUGCUAUAGGCCUUGCCUCCCUCUCCUUCUCCUCGUUCUCAAGCUUCUUGUUGGUUCAAGGGCUAGUUUUUUUCAGUUGCUUCUUCCGACCUCGGAUUUUCCGGGUGGCAACUGUCUCUCCAUCGGUGUCUUUCGCCUGAACCAGAACAUCUGGAUACCAGCUUAUCAUGUCCGACUUGUCUGCUGUCUUGCCGCAAAUGCACGCGUGGCUUUCCGCGAAUGCGCCUGCCGUGCUGUUUGGUCUGUUCACCACGCGGUUUCCGAACUUCAAGAAGAAGCAACUGCAAUCGCAUUUCUCCUUCGUGGAUCGCGCUGGAAUCCUCUACAUUUCCUCGGAGGGCACCGCGGGCAAUGAUGCUGGCGGUGCGGCCGUGCUGACGAGUUUGUCAGGGUCAGAAAUUGCGGCGCAACGGGAGUUGCAAACAUGGGACACACGGUUUUCAGUGGGUGGGUUGGUGCACGUCGACCUUGACAGGGACGUGCGCCUCGCUAAGGUCAUCGAGUGCCGCGGGGUGUCCAUGGACCUCUUCGUGCUGGCCAACGAGGUGCUCGCCCCAGACAUCCCCUUGUGCGCCAUCCGGCAGUUGCCCGAGCAGUUGGCCGCAGACGCGUUGGCGAAGGCUCAUGGGAAGGAUGUUCGGUUUGGCGGAAGUUUCCGCUAUGGAGACUUUGUCGAAGUUCGUUGGCCCGAGCACGGAAUCUACGUGCCAGUCAGGGCGCCGGAAACCAGGACACUGACUAACCAGGACGCAGACGCGUUCUCUGCGCUGCAGGAGUCGUUUCGUUUUUGUUUCGUUAUUACCUAACAGCGAAGAUUGAUAGGUUUCUAAUGGGGCC